UUAGUAUAUAAAUCAAUCGAACCGCUGCUCUCCCACAACACUCAGCAAGCAAGCAAGCAAUCUUUCUUUCAUGGUCUCUGCGCGUGUGGCCAUGGACGCUCUGAAGUCCCGUCUCGGUUUUAUUUUAUGGAUGUUAAAUUUGGCGCUGGGAUUUUGCUCCGACUGUUGAAGGAUGCGCCUUCAAUAGCUAUAAUGGUCAAGGCAUGGCUUGCGAUAUGGGCGUGGCGGAAAAUGGAUCGUCACCUCCGCAACAAGCACGAGUUGGGUUUGGUCGAUCUGUUGAGGAAUUCUUUUGACGGAGCUGAGAGGAGCUUGAUUCCGCUGUUGCAGGAGUAUCCCUUCAUACUUCCCGCGUUGCUUGCGUUAUGGGCUUGGCAGGCGCUGGGCUUGGGCUCUUUCUUCUGUAUGCUUGUUUGUGUCUUCCUUUUACGUUCUUGAUCCAUUCUCUGUCUUUGGUUUUUUUUCCCCCUCCCAUUCCAGCUUAAGAGACAAGGUAACUGUGUGGUUGUUGGACAUUGAAAUAUUAUAAUAU